ACAUGGAUUUCAACACCUUGUACACAUUAACACUCGCAGGGUUGAUACGCUGUCUGGGCUUCAGUGCAGCACACGGACUAUGGAACGGGACGAGUCUCCUCUCUUUCACUCCCACGAGUGGAAUGCGAGACGGGGACAGACAUGACAGCGAACAGCCGAGGGACCAGAGCCGCUCCUCCCCCCGUGCAGCCGCGGCUGUCCGCGCUACCGAGGCCGAGAGCGGGAGUCCGGCUGCUCCGGUACGCCGCGCUGGUGGUGGUGUGCGCGCUCUGCUACAGUAACUCGCUCUGGGGGGAGUUUGUACAUGAUGAUAUAUGGGCCAUCACCAACAAUCCAGAUGUCAGACCGGGCUCCAGCCUCCGGAGCAUCUUCACCAAUGACUUUUGGGGCAAACGGAUGGCUGAUAACACCAGCCACAAAUCCUACCGUCCGCUCUGCAUCCUCACUUUCAAGUUAAACAUUUUGCUGGGCGGCAUGACUCCAUUCUACUUCCACCUGGUGAACGUGUUUCUGCACUGCAUGGUGACGGCGCUGCUCAUGCACACCUGCGAACAGUGUGUGUUUGAAGACAGCAACUUCUCUUUCCUCACUGCACUGCUUUUCUCUGUUCACCCCAUUCACACCGAAGCUGUAUCUGGGAUCGUUGGGAGAGCAGAUGUGUUAGCCAGUAUGUUGUUCCUCCUGGCGUUUCUCUCCUAUAUUAGGAGUGUGUCAGCGAGCAGAAUGGCGGACGGGUUUCCCCCCACAGUGUCUGUCUUGUCACUGGCUCUCAGUCUGUUGUUGGGCACCUGUGCGAUGCUGGUGAAAGAGACGGGUGUUACGGUGUUUGGUGUGUGUGUCCUAUAUGAUUUCCUGGUGCUUUGCCGCAAACCACUCAUCUUGCACCUGUCGCACUCCAGGUUGAAGGAGCUCGUCAGAAUUUCCAGCCCAUUCAUCAAACGCUCUUGUGUCAUCUUCUUACAUGUUACAGUCAUCAUGUCCUUCCGUUUAUGGUUGAUGGGUGGAUCCAUGCCGCUGUUCUCAGAGCAAGACAAUCCAGCAUCCUUCUCUCCAUAUCUACUCACCAGGUUUCUUACAUACUGCUACCUGCUCGCCUUCAAUGCCUGGCUCUUACUGGCUCCCAUAGUGCUUUGCUACGACUGGCAGGUAGGCAGCAUUCCUUUAGUGGAGUCUCUGUGGGAUGGACGGAAUAUUGCUUCCUUGACUUUGGCUCUCGUUAUGCUGGCGCUGAACCUGAACUGUGUUGCAUGCUUACAGAAGAUGAAAGGGAAGGAGGUGUUGGUGGGCGUGCUGUUCCUGAUUUUUCCCUUCAUCCCAGCCAGUAAUCUGUUCUUCCGCGUUGGAUUUGUGGUGGCAGAAAGAGUUCUCUACAUGCCCAGUAUGGGGUACUGUGUUCUGGUGGUGCAUGGGCUGAACAGACUGUAUUCAGUUGUCAGUCGGUGGGGAGCGGCUGCACUAACUGUGUCCAUGCUGGUUGUCCUCCUCCUCUUCUCCUGGAGGACCGUCCAACAGAAUGAGAUCUGGCUCUCCAGAGAAGCCCUGUUCAGGUCUGGCAUUCAGACUUUACCUCACAAUGCUAAAGUUCAUUACAACUAUGCCAACUUCCUGAAGGACAGGGGACGAAACCAAGAAGCCAUUUAUCACUACAAAACAGCCCUCAGACUGUACCCCCGACAUGCCAGUGCUCUGAAUAAUCUGGGCACCCUGACUCACCAGGCUGAGGAGGCUGAAGAUUAUUACAGGAGAGCGCUGAAUAUUAACCCUCAACACAACAGAGCUCUCUUCAACCUGGGCAACCUUCUGAAGUCUCAGGGGAUGGAAGAAGAGGCAGAGAGGAUGUUGAAGGAAUCUAUUCGUUUCGGUCCCCAUUUUGCUGAUGCCUACUCCAGCCUCGCCUCUCUAUACGCUGACCAGCGGCAUUCAAAAGAAGCAAAUGAAAUUUACACCAAGGGUAUUGAGUACUGCCCCGACAGUUCUGACCUCCAUAACAACUACGGUGUGUUUCUGGUGGACACAGGUCAUGGAGAUAGUGCAGCCUUUCAUUACCAGGAAGCGGUGCGUCUCAAGCCAUCUCACUAUGUUGCCAUGGUGAACCUGGGUCGUCUUCUUCGCUCGUCCAAUGACAAUAAAGAGGCGGAGCUAUGGUACAAAAGGGCCCUGCAAGUGGUUCGUAAAGUGGAUAUCCUGACCCCUCUUGGGGCUUUAUACUACAACACCGGUAGAUAUGAGGAGGCACUGGAGGUUUACAGAGAGGCGGCCACACUUCAGCCCAACAGCACUGAUAUCUGGCUCGCUCUGGCGCAGGUUUUAGCCAUGGCAGGUCGCUCUGUGGAGGCCGAGAAAAUGACCCUGGGCAUAAUUUCAAAGACCAGCAACUGCACUGAAUGUUACCGCUUGUUGUCUGCCAUCUACAGCAAACAAGGCAACCACACUGAGGCAUUGGAUGUGUUGAAGACAGCACUGCAGCAGGAGCCGUCAGACCCUGCGGUGAGGGCAGAGCUGCACUUCUCCAUGGGCAACCAGCUCAGAGAGAUGAAUGAGCUUGAUCGAGCCUUCCAGAGCUACAAGCUUGCUGUCGAGCUGAAACCUGACCAAUCACAAGCCUGGAUGAAUAUGGGCGGCAUUCAGCAUAUCAAGGGAGACUAUGCAGCAGCAAGAAUGUACUACCAAAGAGCUCUUCUCCUCUCACCCGGCUCCAAACUGCUGAAGGAAAACCUGGCCAAGCUGGACAGACUAGAGAAAAAACUCCAAGGGGCCUAGAGGA